AUGGCUCUGGAGCGGGGGAAGGACGCGAGGGAGGCCGGGGGAAGAGCGAGGAGAGCCGGGGAGAGGAGAGCGGGGCUGGACCCGGGGAGGACGCAGCGGAGCCGGGCGGAGGAGGGAGCCGUGUCCGUGGCGCUCGGGUCUCUCUCUGUGCGUGGACGUGCGUGGGUCUGCGUGACUCGGCGUGGGUCUGCGCGGGUCUGCGUGGGUCUCGUGCCGCCGUGUGUCCUCGCGCGCGGACUAGAGCGACUGAAGGGCGCGCGGCGGGAGCGGAGGGGCGCGCGCUCUGGACACGCCCACGCGCAGCCUCUCGUGCGCAGCAAAGUUUUCACAGAACUAAUUACGUGGCACCGCCGAACCGAACCCGCCCCGAAAACAAGACCCGAACACAAGACCGAACACAAGACCCGAAACACAAGACCCGAACACAAGACCCGAAGACCCGAACACCCACAGACCCGAAGACCCGAACACGAGACCCGAAAACAAGACCCGAACACAAGACCCGAACACAAGACCCGAAAGACCCGAACACACAAGACCCGAACACAAGACCCGAACACAAGACCCGAAGACCCGACACAAGACCCGAACAAAGACCCGAAGACCCGAACACAAGACCCGAAGACCCAAGACCCCGAACACAAGACCCGAACACAAGACCCGAACACAAGACCCGAAGACCCGAACACAAGACCCAAGACCCGAACACAAGACCCGAAGACCCGAACACAAGACCCGAACCCAAGACCGAAAACGAAGACCCGAAGACCCGAACACAAGACCCGAACACAAGACCCGAAGACCCGAACAAACAAAGACCCGAAGACAAGACCCGAACACAAGACCCGAAAGACCCGAACCCAAGACCCGAAGACAAGACCCGAACACAAGACCCGAAGACCCGAACACGAGACCCGAACACAAGAACCCGAACACAAGACCCGAAGACCCGAACACAAGACCCGAAGACCCGAACCGAAGACCCGAAGACAGAGACCCGAACACGAAGACCCGAAGACCCGAACACAAGACCCGAAGACCCGAACACAAGACCCGAACAAGACCCGAACCACGAAGACCCGAAGACCCGAACACAAGACCCGAACACAAGACCCGAAGACCCGAACACAAGACCCGAAGACCCGAACACAAGACCCGAACACAAGACCCGAACCCAAGACCCGAAGACAAGACCCGAACACAAGACACAAGACCCGAGACCGAGACCGAACACAAGACCCGAACACAAGACCCGAAGACCCGAACACAAGACCCAAAGACCCGAACACAAGACCCGAACCCAAGACCCGACACAAGACCCGAAGACCCGAACACAAGACCCGAAGACCCGAACACAAGACCCAAAGACCCGAACACAAGAACACGAAGACCCGAACACAAGACCGACCCAAGACCCGAACACAAGACCGAAGACCCGAACCCAAGACCCGAAACAAGACCCGAAGACCCGAAACAAGACCCGAAGACCCGAAGACCCGAAACACAAGACCCGAAGACCCGAACACAAGACCCGAACACAAGACCGAAGACCCGAACCCAAAACCCGAAGACCCGAACACAGACCCGAACACAAGACCGAAGACCCGAAGAACACAAGACCCGAACACAAGACCCGAACACAAGACCCGAACACAAGACCCGAAACACAAGACCCGAAGACCCGAACACAAGACCCGAACACAAGACCCGAAGACCCGAACACGAAACCACAAGACCGAACAAGACCCAAGACCCGAACACAAAGACCCGAACACAAGACCCGAACACAAGACCCGAAACCAAGACCCACAAAGACCCGAAGACCCGAAACAAGACCCGAAGACCCGAACCCGAAGACAAGACCCGAACACAAGACCCGAACACAAGACCCGAAGACCCGAACACAAGACCCGAAGACCCGAACACAAGACCGAAGACCGAACACAAGACCGAACGACAAGACCCGAACACAAGACCCGAACACAAGACCCGAAGACCCGAAGACCCGAAACACAAGACCCGAAGACCCGAACACAAGACCCGAAGACCCGAACCCAAGACCCGAAGACAAGACCCGAACACAAGACCCGAAGACCCGAACACGAGAACCCGAACACAAGACCCGAACACAAGACCCGAACACAAGACCCGAAGACCCGAAAACAAGACCCGAACCCAAGACCCGAACCCAAGACCCGAAGACCGAACGAAACAAGACCCGAAGACCCGAACCCAAGACCCGAAGACAAGACCCGAACACAAGACCCGAAGACCCGAACACGAGACCCGAACACAAGACCGACACAAAGACCCGAAGACACCCGAACACAAAGACCCGAACACAAGACCCAAAGACCCGAACACAAGACCCGAAGACAAGACCCGAAAACAAGACCCGAACCCAAGACCCGAAGACAAGACCCGAAGACCCGAACACAAGACCCGAAGACCCGAACACAAGACCCGAACACAAGACCCGAAGACCCGAACACAAGACCCGAAGACCCGAACACAAGACCCGACAAGACCCGAGACCCACAAGACCCGAAGACCGAAGACACAAGACCCGAACACAAGACCCGAAGACCCGACACAAGACCCGAAGACCCGAAGACCCGAACAAGACCCGAACACAAGACCCGAACACAAGACCCGAACACAAGACCCGGUUCUGUUGCCCUCACACGUGACCCGCGGACUCCGGACCGGGACCGGGUCGCGAGUCGCGGGUCGUGGGUUCGGGGUCUGAUCUGUUUGUGA